AUGUUGAAGUCCUCCUGCCAUCCCAUGGCGGAUCCCUCUCGCAGCAUCAUGCACGGCACCUGGUUCACCACCGGCUACAGGGACAGCUCGGCAGUGGAGAAGUCGAAGAAGAAGGCGUUUUAUCUGGUGAAGAUGAAGUCCUUCGGUCACAAGAAAGACUCCAGCAGCGCCUCCACCACCACCACAACGACCAACAGCAAUAUGCCCUUCAUGAUUCACUGUCAUAUAGGCAAGGAGAUUAAGCAUAUUUGCAGCAACUGCAGCCGCGGGAAUAACGCGCAGGACGCUGAGGAAGUGGAAAGGCUGGCCGCGAUGCGUUCAGACUCCCUGGUACCUGGGACUCACACGCCGCCCAUUCGGCGGAGGAGCAGGUUUGCCACGCUGGGCCGACUCCUCAAACCCUGGAAGUGGAGGAAGAAGAAGAGUGAGAAGUUUAAGCAGACAUCAGCCGCCCUGGAGCGUAAGAUGUCCAUGAGGCAGAGCAGGGAGGAGCUGAUCAAGCGAGGUGUCCUGAAGGAGGUCUUCGAGAAAGAUGGCUCGAUCUCGCUGACAAAAGAUGACGGUAAGCUGGAGAACGGGCAGUCACCGGGACCCUUGGGUGGCACGCUGGAGUGCGAUGGGGUCGAUCACGCCUACCGGGGGCUGACCCCCUCCGAGCUCAUCGACGGCACGGUGUCUGGAUGGCCCUUUAGCAUUUGCCUGAUGGGAGGGAGACAAACAGCCCCUGUGGAGUACCGUUCUUCCCUAGAAGGCGGAGUCUGUGUCCAGGACUCCACCCUCAAGCCCACCAUCAUCCUGCCCGCUAAAAAAUCUAGUGAGAGCCAAGAGACCCCCGCCAAGCCGCCGCUGUUCCAUAAGCAGCCCCCCGCGCUGCCACCCAAACCUUUCUCCAGAGUCCCCAACCACAUCACGGAUUUGGGGCAGCCUAUCAAGCUGCCCUGCCUCGGCCCCAAGCUCUCCCCCCCCCUGCCCCCCAAGAAGGUGAUGAUCUGCAUGCCGGCGUCGGGCCUGGAUCCGCCGCUGCCCUCCUUCGCCCAGCGUGUGUCGGCGGUGCCGCCCGCGCCCUACCACGCCAGCCUGCUGCCCACGCCACUGCCGGGCCACGCGCUGCAGUAUGGCACGCUGCCUGUGCCCGUGCGGCCGCCCAGCCGCGUCAUCGAGGAGCUCAACAAGACGCUGGCGCUCACCAUGCAGCGGCUCGAGAGCUCAGCGAUGCACGUGGGCCAGUGCCCCCUACAGGACAGCCGGACGCUGCCCUCCAUGCUGAUCGAGUGUGAGGACGACAAAGAAAAUGUUCCAGAUGGCUCGGACUACGAGGACCUGCCCAGCAUGUACAAGGACCAGGACGAGGAGGAGGACGACGAGGAUGAAGACGAAGACGACUCAAUCUUCACAAGCUCGUUGGCGCUGAAGGUGCUGAGGAAGGACUCCCUGGCUGUCAAGCUGAGCAACCGGCCGUCGCAGCGCGAGCUGGAGGAGAAGAACAUCCUGCCCAUGCAGACGGACGAGGAACGGCUGGAGAUGCGGCAGCAGAUCGGCACCAAGCUUACGCGGAGACUGAGUCAGCGCCCCACGGCGGAGGAGCUGGAACAGAGGAACAUCCUGAAACCGAGAAAUGAACAGGAAGAACUGGAAGAGAAGAGGGAGAUUAAGCGGAAGCUGACAAGGAAGCUGAGCCAAAGACCCACCGUGGAGGAGCUGAGGCAGGCCAAGAUCCUGAUCCGCUUCAGCGACUACGUGGAGGUCGCCGAUGCCCAGGACUACGACCGGCGCGCAGACAAGCCGUGGACGCGGCUCACGGCGGCCGACAAGGCAGCCAUACGGAAGGAGCUCAACGAGUUCAAGAGCACCGAGAUGGAGGUCCAUGAAUCCAGUCGCCAUCUAACCAGGUUCCACAGGCCGUAGAACUCCACCUUGGGCAAGAUGCCACACGGGCAUUACCCCCCCCCCCCCCCACCACCCCUCAGCC